AUGGGAGACGAGGAGAAAGUGAAGAACGAGGCUCUCCAGAUAAUCGGGCAACACCAGAACUUGCCCACUCUUGUCGUCUUCGAUCUCGAUUACACUCUCUGGCCCUUCUAUUGCGAGUGCUGCGAUGAGGAUGAAAUGCCAUAUCUCUAUCCACAGGCCUCAGCCAUAUUAUAUGCUCUCAAAGACAAGGCCAUUUCCAUGGUUGUUGCUUCAAGGUCUCCAACUCCUGAUUAG